AUGCCACUAGCUCGUCCGAAUCUAAAAAAUUUUCUUACCUACAUCAUCAUCACACUCAUUCUGUGUGCGGUUCUAUUUGUCAUUCUCUCUCUGAGCACGACACAUUGGCUUCAUACAACACGUAUCACAGCUGGCUUAUGGCAGAUCUGUCAGCUCAAACCUCUGAAAUGUUACAUUUCAAUAACACGUUCGCCAGCUGGUUUGUCACUAACUGGUCUCAUUCUACUUGUUAUUGGCUUAUUAUCGACAUUGGUGUUUAACGUUAUCGACUGCAACUAUUUACCGUCGAUGCGCUUCAUCACUUUAAUAUCAGUAUGCUCAUUUGCAUUAGGUAGUUUCUUUUUUACCAUGAGUUGUAUUGCAUUUUCGCGUGUGACUGCACAGUUUUGUUAUUCAUACUAUUUCAUGAUUGUUGGCCAACUGCUUGCAACAAGUGCGGCUAUUCUAUCUAGCUAUUGGGAAGGACGACGACAUGGUUUAGAAUCAACGGCUGCGCUCAUGACCCGAUUGGCCGUGCGUAGACCUUGA